AUGACUGAUAUUUUAAACAUUGCCAGCGAGACGAUCUUUGACGACCGCAUCGUCAAAAUCGAGACUCAUACAUGCAAUCCAUACGCCAAUACAACGUUUGCUCACAGCGAUGAGAUACAGAUACCCAUACAGCAGCAGGAUUUAUACACGUUGCCGUGCGACAGUUUUCUCUACGUAGAAAGAAAAUUGACGCUAAAGAAGAAAGAUGAUGAUACGCCAACAACGCUUGGAAAUAAUUGUGUGGCGGUCAUGUUUGAUGAAAUUCGAUACGAAGUGAAUGGCGUGGAGAUUGAUCCCAACAGAAACGUCAGAGUUACCAAUACCCUCAAGAACUAUGUGUCGCUGACGUACGACAAAUCAUUGAUUGCGCUGAACGCUGGAUGGAACACUAGAUCCGACAUGGAGGAAGGAUACUUUAAUUUUUGCGUACCGCUCAACAUGUUGUUGGACUUUUGCGAAGAUUACAAACGCGUGAUCGUUAACGCUCGUCACGAAUUGAUUUUGGUAAGAGCGCGCAACGAUUACAAUUGCUUGGUGGGAAAUCCUGCAACGGAGCUUGAGGUUGAAUUAUUCAAAGUGCAGUGGCGGAUGCCUCACGUUACGUUAAACGAGAUGAAUAAAUUGUCAAUGCUGCGAGCAUUGGAAAGCGGUCGUUAUCUGAGCAUGAGUUUUCACUCGUGGGAUUUGUACGAGUACCUUCCGUUACAGAGUACUACCAAACAUUCAUGGGCCGUCAAAACGGCGAUUCAGCUUGAGAAGCCGCGAUAUGUUAUCUUUGCUCUGCAGACCAUUGGAAAGGAUAUCAUGUCUCGAGAUGGUAGCCUGUUCGAUGAUUGUAAUUUGAACAACGUGAAACUUUAUCUAAAUUCAGAGUUUUAUCCGUACGAUGAUUUGAAUCAGGAUUUUGGCAGAAAGAGAUACGCCGUUUUGUUUGAUAUGUACGCGCAUUUUCGUAAAGCCUAUUACGGAAUUGACCGCUUCGAAACGCUUCUCAACGUGCUCUCGUUUAUCGAGAAAAGGCCUUUCGCGGUUAUUGAUUGUUCGCGACAAAACGAAUCCGUCAAGAGCGCAACCGUGGAUGUAUGCAUAGAAUUUGACUGCAAGGAGAAUGUGCCUGCCAAUACUACCGCAUACUGUCUCAUCAUACACGAUCGUGUAAUCGAAUACAGUCUGUUGUCGAACGUAGUGCGCAAGAUCAUGUAA